UGUAAAUUGUUAAUAUCGAUUGAAUUUUUUUCGAAAUCGCGCGUUAAACGUCGAGGAAUUCGAACACAGCCUCGAUCGAUUUUCCGCGCGCGCUCUAUAGUGCGUUGUUUGGGUCCGAGGUUUGCUGAACGGUUAGUAAGUGUAUGUCAUGUAUGUGUAAUGCGUACCACGUCGAGAAACAAGUGCCUUUUUAACGGUCGGCGGUCGCCUUAUCGCGCGAGUUCAAAAAUCAUCGUUCAACCCUAUACCGCAUAAUGUUUUGGACGUUUUGCUUAUACCACGCAGAUUUUUCUACAAAUUUUUAUGAAGAUGUAACAUUUAUAUGAUUGAAAAGUCGAAAUGAUGAAAGUCAACGGGCCUCCUUGUGAUUUCAAAAGUCGUCGCUUUGGUAAUAUAAUGAUGCCCACGGGCUUCUUGAAAAGGCUCGUUCGAACGGGGAAAAAAUGUUUCUUUGAAAAAUUAGUGGGUAUCAAGCCGCAUAGAUUGAACUUGGUCAGAGCCUGCAUUCGAUCGAACUUCAAUUCCUUAAAGAGUACUCACAGAUUGAAUUCUUUCAUCAGCUACCUUCGGCCCUGACGCGCGUUAACAACGAUCCUUCGCCGUGGCGAUCAGCAUGAAGGUCGAGGGUAGCGGCGGUGGCGUAGCGGUCAACGCCACCACGGCCACUGCCCUCCUGCACAACAUCAAGAUCAAGGAGGAGACUCAGGAGCAGCAGGCUCAGACCACCACCUCCUCGUCGGCGGCCAGGGUGACGACCUUAAUCUCUCCCAAUCUGCCCGAAAAGCAGCAGCAGCAAUCGAAUACCGGUACCAACAGCAACAGCAGCAGCCAAGAGACACCGACGAACUCGCCCGUCGAUCUCGACAUCAAAAGCAGCGGCGGCAGCGUCGUUGUCGUAGCCUCGUCGAAAGAGGCCAAAUCGGACGCCGACGUCGCCGAUAAAGCAAAUGGCUCGGAAAGUCCAAGCUCCUCCGCUACACCCUCGCCAAGCGAUGGCGCAUCGAAUCCACCGCAGCAGCAGCAGCAGCUGCAACAACAGAGACGCCGAGUCAGCAACGACGAGCCAACAGCGAGAGCAUCGUCUUUGGCGCGCGAUUCGCCGGACAGCUGCGCCGGAGGCAGCGACGAUCCCGAGACGAUCAACGAUAAUCCAGGGGUCGACGCCAACGAUAAAAAUGACGAUGAUCGUCGUGGCAGCGGGAGCGAUCUGAAAAAAGAGGAAGAUCGUCCGCCCAGAAGCAACAGCGCGGCGGCGGCCACACGGACCAUAGCUGCGAUUUUCGGCGCUCACGGCAAGCUCAAACGAUUGCUCGGCACCCUCGUGCACUUCGCCAUGGACAUAUCGCUGGAGACCGGCGACACGGUGCGCGGCCUCGUGCUCGGAUUGCUGAGCAACACGGUGUCCGCCGAGGAGUUUCACUCGGCGCUGCAGGAGGCUACGAAUUUCCCUCUGCGCGGCUUCGUGCUGCCGUAUCUGAAGCGGAGCCUGCCCGCGCUGCAGCGGGAUCUCACCGCGGCCGCGAAAGCCGACGACGAUCAACAAACGUGCGCGCAGUACCUGCGUACCCACGAGUCGGCGGUGCUCGAAGCCGUGGGACUUACGCAGAGCAGCAACGGCGGCGGCCCCGGCGGUGGUGGCGGUGGCAACGGCGACGCCGUAGUAGAGCCUUUCGGCGCCUCGGGUAGCACCAGCCCCUCGGUGUCCGGUCGACAGCAACAACACCAACAGCAUCAGCCGCAGAUUUACUCCGGCAGAACAGUUGCAGCUGCUGCGACGGCGGGGGUGGUUUUGACGAGCAGCAGUCACGCCGUGCUCGCCACCUCGCAACAUCUCGCCGGAGCUUACGGCGAAGCGGCGGCGGCGGCUGCCGGCUCGCAUGCCAAUAAGAGAAGAGCCUCGGACGUACUCUUCUACGAGAACGGAGUGGCCGAUGACGGCCUGCCGUACGCGAAGCGCGCCUACAUGAAUCCAUGGGCCUUGCAUCAGCACCAGCAGCAGCAGUCGUCGUCGUCGUCGUCGUCGUCGGUGCUGAUCGGCGGCGGCGCGCUUCAUCAUCAGCAUCAUCAUCAUCAGCAGCAGCAUCAUCAUCCGCCACAGCACAACAGUUCGGUGGCCGCUGCGCAGGCGGCCAACAAUCAUCAUCAUCAUCCGGCAUCUCAUCAUCAGCAUCAGCCGCACGCCUCGGAGGCGCCCUACUACUGGUACACGCAUCAUCCGCUUCAUCUGCCGCCUCAGACGCACGGCACCGUGAUCGCCGGUGCCGGGGCAGGUGCCGGCGUCGGCGGGCCGACUCUGCUUCAAGCGGCCUACGGUUUGGCCCAGCUGACGACUCAUCAGCAGCCGGCCGCCACGCAUCCGAGCGCCUCCGCUGCGUCCGGUGCGAGCCUGCAGCAAAACGGCAACAACGGCAGCCUCGCUACGGGUGCUGCUGCUGCUGCUGCUGGCGGUGGCGCGGGCUCGGCGAGCCUCGACGACGAGUGGAAAAACAUCCACGUCAUGCUCAAUUGCAUCCUCGGCAUGGUCGACAAGACCAAGCGGGCUCUGGCGAUUCUGCAGCGACGCGGAGGCUGCACGAGUCCGGCGCAGGCCGGCAACAAUGUCAACGGCCCCCCGCAUCACCCUCAUCAUCCGACACAGCAGCAGCAGCAGCAGCAACAAGGCACCGACGCCCCUCAGGCAGCACAAUUGCAAGAGGGCGACUCGAGAGAAGGCACGUUCAAAAGGUUGUCCGGCGAAAUAGUCGCUCAAACGAUUCGAGCGACCGAGGACCGCGUGGCUGAAGUCAAACGACGAGCCGAGGAAGCUGUUCUCGAGGUCAAGCGAGCGGCUGUGGCCGAGGUACAGCGAGCUCUGGCCGUCGCGGUGGCCGAGUCGCAGGCGAACGAGCGCCUGCGAAGCCAACGAUACCUCGACAGUUUGCCGCGUCAGCAGCAAUCGCAGCAUCUGGUCCAGGCGACGAGGCCUGGGCCAUUUUUGCGAUACAGCAGCAGCGCUGGCGCUUUGACGAAGGCGUCAUCGGCGAUCGUCGGCGAAGCGGCGUCAGCGGCGGCGGCGGUGGCGAGCUCCAACGACGAGGCAGACCACAAGGAGUCGUCUCGCCUCGCCGGCUCCAUGAGUUCGAAUUGCUGGAACUGCGGUAGACCGGCGCUUGAGACCUGCGGCGGGUGCGGCAUAGCGCGCUACUGCGGCUCCUUCUGUCAGCAUCGCGAUUGGGAUACGGGUGGUCAUCACGCGACUUGCCAAAGCAACGGCAAUAGCAACGCGAGAAUCAGGCAUAAUCAGCAGCAGAAGCGAGAGCGAGCUAGUUCGGCGACGUCCAGCCCGAACAACAGCGACUCGGACUCGGUCAAGUGCGGCACCAGCGCCAGGACCUCAAAAUCGAUAGCCAAGUGAUGCGCUGGAAUUUCGAGCCAGAAAAGCUCUCCGCUCAGCUCCGCUUGACUAUUUUGUAGAUUCGCGCGCGAAGUUGCAAGCUUUAACUGCGGCAACGACGUUUUUACCAAUUAAUCUUGAUGGGAAGAAAGAAAAAACAAACAAAUCGAACCUGCAAUUAUUUCCAUUGUAAAUAUAUAUACGUGAUAUAUAGCCUAAUGCUAAGCGUGGCAAUUUUUGAUGUGUUUUCUUGUUAUUGAUUGUGCCGUUAUGAUAUUUAUACGCUAUUGCACCAGUAAGUUUAAGCAUUCUUCAGUUUUCGUGCCAAGUGAUAUUUAUCACGCCACUUCGCGCUGAUUUAUAAAGGUUAAUUCAUUACCUUGAAAGACAUAAUUAUCUCAGUUAAUGCUAGUUAUUUAUAUUUGAAAUUGUGCUAGUGUAACAGAAUAUUUAAAGAAUGUUAAUAUUUCUUUUAAAAACUUGAAUGUAAAUAAUCAUUCGGUGAUUGUGUAGGCGAGAAUGGAAAAUUUAAUAAUAUCGUACCGAUCGUAAUCAAGCAGUAGUGAACUAGUCAAUUGUUCGAUAUUAUUCUGGAAACCUUGCACACUUCACAAAAAUCGACAUUUCAAUGAGUCACCUUGAAGUUUUAUAAUUAUCAUUAUCUUAAUAAACUGGUGAAUGAUAAGUUAUAUAAUUGUUAAACCAAAAAUUGAAUUUCAACGAAUAUCGAACCCAAAUGGUGAUUUACAAAAAAAUAGAUGUAAAAUCACAAAUGCUUCUUCAUUGCAACGUCUCGAUUGUAAGUCUAGUCACAUUAAAAAUAAACCUUGAAUCAUAUUUACAAUUGUAACGUUUUUUCCUCUAUAUUCAUAACUCUUUUAUUGAUCCAUAACAUGACGGUGUCGUGGUCUCUACCCUCAGACACAGUUUUUUAAAUUAUUUUUCGCUUCAUUAUUUAUAAUUUCUUAGCUACAAGAAAAUAUUCAAGUUUUGUGGUUUCAUUCUAUAAUUUAUUCCACAAACUUUCUUCUCCUUUAAAAAAAUAAGAGCACCUUAUAUCUAACGCAAAACGUUAUUUUUGUUUUUGUUAAACGUAGUUACGGGACUCACUCACAUCCAACUUACUUUAUUUAACGAACUGUAAGUAGUGCAAAAUUAAAUGGCGUGUGCUCGACCGCAAAUAUUAUUAACUUUUACGUGACU